AUGAAGAUCUGCGUUCUCUCAAUCGCCCUUCUUCUAGGUAACUCUGUCAGUCUCCGAGCUUCGGUUACUGGGCCGGUUCCCUCGGACGGUGAUGGUCCUGCGUCUCAGGUGUGUCAGCAGUGCUGCCAGGGACCUGCUGCAAUACCCGGCAUACCAGGUCUGCCUGGACCGGUGGGACAGAUGGGGCCGUACGGUCAGCCGGGGUCAAAGGGCGUUGCAGGUCAGCAAGGUCUUAAGGGUGAGAUUGGCCCUAUUGGCCCUAUGGGUGAGCGGGGAGCACCUGGGAACACUAGGUCUAAUGGUGACGAAGGUAUUGGUCUGCCCGGCAAGAUAGGUCCGAGGGGCCUACCCGGUCUUGUUGGAGCAGCCGGUCAGGCUGGUGUCAAAGGUCAGAAGGGUGAGCCAGGGGAGACACCAGACAACUCCAACCAGCGGGUAGCAUUCACCGUGAAGAGGACGCGCCCCUCGGAUACCUCUACGAGUCACGACACCCGUCUGGCCUUCCAGGAGACCGAAACGCUUCUGCCGGGUACCAGCUUCGAUCUAGGGACUGGCACUUUCACUUGUACUGUGUCGGGCACCUACGUGUUUAUGUUUUCUGUGCUCAAAGAUGCUUCCACCAGCCAUUUGUAUGUUGAUCUCAAGAAGAACGGUGUAAUAGUUGUCUCUGGCCUUAGCUUCAGUUCAGCUCAGUAUGAGCAAGUGUCGGCGAGCGCGGUGCUAGUUCUGCAGCGUGAAGACACGGUGUAUCUCACCAUGUUUGGUAAGGUGCAUAGUACAUCCAACCGUGUCUAUGCCUCAUUCAGUGGCUUCCUCCUUUACCCCCAAUAA